AUGGAAGCAUCAAUUUGGGUUGGUGAAUGGCAGCGUGUGGAUACAAUUGCAGCACAGGCGGAGCGUAGCAUGAAGGAGGCUGAAGAAGCAGAGUCGCCUCUUUGUAUCCAGCAAGCAGGAUCAACGGCUGCUUCUCGUACUCGGCCUGUAAUAUUUGGGGUAUCCUCGUCAGCGACCAGUCGUGCUGCUGUAACGAAGUGUACUCGCUUAUUGAUCAGUAGUGGAAGAGCUAAAUUGGAUGCAGCUUGUGGUUUGUCGAAAUUGCAGGCGGGUAGAUACAAACAAGCAGCUGACAGAUUUCUCAAGGUAGACUUAGAUUUUCUUGAUUCUCCUUGGUUAUUCUCUGCUUCGGAUAUGGCGGUUUACUGUACACUUUGUGCGAUUGCUAGUUACGAUAGAUCAGAAUUGAAGAAGAAAGUGAUCCACGAUGGGAAUUGCAGAAAAUUCCUUGAAUCAGAGCCGAAACUUGUCGAAUUACUGCAAUGCAUUAUAAAGAGUCAGUUUGGUCGCGCUUUGGAUAUACUGAAAGAUAUGAAAGACAGGUUCCUCCUCGAUCCAUAUUUGAGUUCCCAUGUUGAUCCGCUAUAUGCUGUGAUUCGUGAACGCGCACUACUUCAAUACCUCGAACCAUUUGCAUCCGCUGAUUUGAAUGCCAUGGCUAAUCUCGAAAACGAACUUGUGGCUCUUUGUGAACAAGGUCAAUUGGCCGCCAGAAUUGACGCUGUUGGAGCAACUAUUCGCAUGGUACUUACUGAUGAGCGCGAAGACAAUUAUAAAAAGAUUAUCGAUGGUUGUGACGACAUGAUAGAACGAUGCGAAGCAGCUAUUCUUCGGGCAGUCAUGCAACAGGCUUGCAUCUGUAUAAAUCCGGAAGGAAGAGCGAAGAGGAAAACAGCAACCCACGUGGAUGAGUCUAGCGACACAUCAAAUACCCCAACUCGUCAGAAGGUGUCAGUGCAAAAUAUGAUGCGUGUUUUGAGAGGCCGAGUUGUACCUCCACUUCCUCAAGGUGGUACGGUUGCCCCGGAGGCAACGGCAAAGGCUGCUGCUCCAGCAGCCAACGCUUCAUCAGCUCCUCCUGUCCCAGCAUCUGCGAAUAACCUGCCGUCUGUCCCAGCAGCGGAAAACUCACCCAGCGGCUCCGCUGCUGCUCCCGCAGCUUCACAGCAGCUUCAGGUAGUUUAAUU